AUGAGAUUUGAUAAAUACAUUCUCCUACAAUUACGAAAUUAUGCGGGGCAAAUAUUUGCCGUUUUCGCCUUUGCAAUUUUUGAGCACUAUUCAGGAAGAGCAAUGAUCCCUUAUUUUUAUGGUGAGGAAAUGGAAGGCUACGACGAGAGGUACUCGGAGGAAAUCCAAGCUGCAAUAGAUGCGGAAAGGGAAGAAAAUAACGAAGAAGAUCUGAUGGUUUAUGUUUCCGAGAAUGAGAAGACUUCCAACAACACGAAUAUUCAGAAAAAGACAAAAAUUCUCCCCCCGGUGGCGGAAAGAGGUCUUGUAAAUAUUCUUUUCGAUUUUCAAAGAUGGACUAGGCCUGUGCGAUAUAUAAAAAAUGAUCACUUCGAGCGGAUUGUAAGAGAUGAAAAUUCACAAUUUUUUUUCAAACAUGUCAAAGUGAUGGAAAAAAACGAAUAUCUUUCACGUAUCCACCUCAUUUAUCUACUUUUCUGA